CCUCCAGCACUGCCGUUAUUCCACAAGGCCAGGAGACAGUCUUCUUUCUAACACGCUCUGACGGGCUAUGCAUAUAACCCAGCUGAAUCGGGAAUGCCUUUUACAUCUAUUUUCUUUUCUGGACAAAAAUAGUAGGAAAAGUUUAGCAAAAACAUGUCACAAGUUGCUAGAAGUGUUUCAGGAUCCUUUACUGUGGUCUUUGUUGAACUUUCAUUCUCCAGCGGAACUAAAGAAGGAUAAUUUUCUCCUGGGACCUGCUUUAAAAUACUUAUCCAUCUGCUGGUAUUCAGAGAGAGUCAAGGUGUGUAACAUUGAGGACUGGAUGAAAAACAAUUUCCAGAAAGACUUCUGUAACAGGCAUGAAAACACUGUCAAUGAUUUUUUACUAGAAGUUUGCAACAGGUGUCCAAACCUGCUAUCUCUGACCCUCUCUGGAUGCGGCCAUGUUACAGAUGAUUGCAUCUCGCUUCUUCUCAAGAACUGCCCAAACCUCAAGACGCUCCAACUGGAAAACUGUGUGCGGAUCACUGACCAGACACUAGAAGCAGUGACCCUCUAUGGGGGAUCACUGCAAACGCUCCACGUGGAUUUCUGCCGGAACAUAACACGAAACGGUCUAGAGAGAGUCAGGGAAAAAUGUCCCUCCGUAAUGCUGAAAGCAGAGAGAAGCGCUAACAUGAUUCCAGACAAUAAGCCAGAAAAAAAGUUUAUGCUUGAAAAGGCACCAAGAAAAUUGUUUCAGCUUUAAGUGCAACAAAUUGUAUAAACUUAGUCAAUGUGUAUAUUUUACUUCACUUCCACUCUCCUCAUGGGUAGCAUUGCUUCAAUGAACCGUGGCUACUUUCCUGCGUUCUAGUUUAACUCCAAACAAAUGGUUGAUACGUUUUGUAAAGGCUGUGCUGGGAAAAGGCAUGCAUCUCCACCAGGACAGUCUUAAGGAAAAAAACUUGUUUGCUUUCUGUUGUUCCUUGAAACUGGAAAACCCUGCAUUGCUGUCACAAAACGCUAGACCUGAUUAAGGCUGAAAACUGCAAUUUUGAUACCCUCUUGUCGCGGAUGAGUGGAAUGCACCUCACUCAGAAGAGAGAAGCAGCAACGUGUUUUAUUGAGGUAAAAUAAUAAUUUGACAGAGUUCAAUAAAUUUGAUGGAAUUUAACAAAGUUUAACAGUGGUAUGACAAGGUUCAAUACGUUUGAUGGCAAGGUUCACGUUAUUAAUUACUGCAUAGAAGAAACAUACAAAGGAAAAUUGAGUUAGAAUUGAGUUAGAAUGAUUCCCACAGAGACCGGAGGCGCAAAGAGUAAAGAAGACCCUCCCGUUGAGUCACGAGGUUCAGAGUGGACCCCCUUGCUUUCUAAACUCCUCGUGGAGCCUAGGUACGGCUGGAUCCAAUCUUAGUCUCAGACUUGGUCAACGGUUUAUGUCUAAUGGAAGAGAUACAAAGAGUAAGGAGGACCCUCCCGUCGAGUCACGAGGUUCAGAGUGGACCCCCUUGCUUUCUAAACUCCUUAUGUAAUGGGAACGGGCAUAAAGCCGCAGCAGAUAGAGCUUG